GGGAGAAAAGCCCGUUCCCGGCAUCGCCACUCCCCGAGUCCCCGCCUCCCACCGCGUUCCCACGCCAUGGCCGAAGGUCUUCUCCUCCUCCCCGCUACAAGACCCCGAAACGCUCACCCCCUCCCCCCUCGACGAAGCCGACGAAACCCUAGAACUCGGAUCCAUGAAAUCCCCCACCGGAAACCUCAUGAAGACCCCGAAGUCACGAAAGGGGGCGGCGCCGCCACCUCCAGCACCGGCGGCUUCGCCGGCUCAGCCCACGCCGGCGCGGCGGAAGGGGGCGGCGAGGGAGUGGCUGGUUGUGGCCGCCGAUGGGCGCUGUUACCACGAGGAGGCCGGGAAGCAGUCGAUCAUGAAGCGCACGGGGCUGCGGCCGCGGGAUCUGAGGGUGCUCGACCCCUUGCUCUCCUACAACACAUCCAUCCUCGGGAGGGAGAGGGCCAUCGUCGUCAACCUCGACCACAUCAGGGCCAUCAUCACCGCCUCCGAGCUGCUCAUUGCCAACCCCAGGGAACCCCUCAUCGAACCCCUCGUUCAGGAUCUCCGAUCUCUGGUCUCCGCCUCCGAAAACCCUCCGCAGCAGGAGGUGGUGGGUAAGAAGGCUCCGUCCAGCUGGCCCUCAUUUUCUGGUAAUAGUCCGUCGGUAAAACCAAGCCCGGAAGGUUCUCCAAAAGUGACGUUGCGGACAUUGCUCUCAAUAGAUGAGAAGGGAGAGAGCAGACGGGGGCUGGAAGUAGAUUUGCCGAGAGGCAGAAGUACGAAGGUCCUCCCUUUUGAGUUUAGGGCGCUUGAAGUGUUUCUUGAAUCGGCAUGCAAGUGCCUCGAAUUGGAGAUCACUGCACUGGAGAAAGAAGCUUAUCCAGCUUUAGAUGAGUUGACUUCUAAAGUUAGCACGCUGAACCUUGAACGUGUUAGAAAAAUAAAAAGUCGGUUGGUUUCAAUAUCAGGGCGUGUUCAGAAGGUGAGGGAUGAGCUUGAACAUCUGUUAGAUGAUGACAUGGACAUGGCUGCAAUGUACCUAACCGAGAAGCUUGCUUAUCAAGCUGCUGGUGGACUCUCAUCAAGAUUUGAUUUAGACAAAGAUCCAAUUGAGCUUGGUGAAGACGAGGCUGAAGAUGAUGAAGAUGAGAUCGAAAGUAGUGAAGGAUAUGGUGGCGUAAAGCCUAAUGUUGAUGAGCUCGAGAUGCUGUUAGAGGCUUACUUUGUGCAGACAGAUGGCACAUUAAAUAAACUAUCCACUCUGAGAGAGUAUGUUGACGACACGGAGGACUACAUCAAUAUUAUGCUUGACGACAAACAGAACCAGCUGCUACAGAUGGGGAUCAUGCUUAGUACGGCAACCUUAGUCACUAGCUUUGGCAUAGUGAUUGCCGGUGUGUUUGGCAUAAACAUUCACAUCCCGCUCUACGAGUCCCCCUACAUAACAUUUUGGCAAACCACUUUCGGCCUCGUAGGGGGGAGCCUCGGUUUGUAUAUAAUAGCCUUUCUAUGCUACAAAAAGAGUGGCCUGCUGCAAUAAUAGAAAGAUGUGCAUAACAUCUCUGCUAGCUUGUUGAUCGAGGAGGCGUUUUAGUGACUCAAUAAAUGGGAAUCAGGUAAUAGUUAUUGUACUACUAGCUACUUAUUAUCAUCCAGCAAUGUCCAACUUUUUCAUGGUUGGAUCAAACCCCUAACUACAUUUGAUCAUUGUACCGUAUAUUUAUUGAGAAACCAGUUAUAUUAGUUCCAAAGAUA